AUGUCUCGAGCUCUGGACCCUAGCUACCUAGUGAACCUAAUAAUCUAUAAAACCAUAAGUCUAUACAAAACCACAGCAGAUCCAAGAAAGAGCCUUGCUGCAAAAUUUGAGCAAACCAUCGCAGAGAGAAGGAACUCAUCAAUGUCUUCUAAGCUAAGGUUGGAGGGUAAGGUGGCUCUUGUCACUGGCGCUGCUAGCGGGAUCGGCGAGGAGGCCGUGAGAUUGUUUGCUGAGAAUGGAGCCUCCAUUGUUGUUGCUGAUGUUCAGGAUGAAUUGGGCCAUCAAGUCAUUGCGUCAAUAGGCUCGGAGAAGGUCAGUUAUCAUCACUGUGAUGUGAGAGAUGAGAAGCAGGUUGAGGAAACUGUGAAUUACACCUUGGAGAAAUAUGGAAAUCUGGAUAUUUUGUUCAGCAAUGCUGGAAUCAUAGGAACUCUAACCGGCAUACUAGAACUUGACCUCGACGGUUUUGACAAUACCAUGGCUACCAAUGUUCGUGGAGUUGCUGCAACGAUUAAGCAUGCUGCUCGUGCUAUGGUGGCUAGAAAAAUACGCGGAUCCAUUAUAUGCACCACAAGUGUGGCAGCAUCUCUUGGAGGAACUGGUCCUCAUGCUUAUACCAUUUCAAAACAUGCUCUUGUGGGUCUAGUCCGAACAGCUUGUAGCGAACUAGGUGUUUAUGGGAUUAGGGUCAAUUGCAUCUCUCCAUUUGGUGUUGCCACCCCUCUUUCCUGUAGAGCUUACAAUUUGGAACCCAAUGAAGUUGAAGCUAAUAGUUGUGCCCUGUCCAACUUGAAGGACAUUGUUUUGAAGGCUAGGCAUAUUGCUGAGGCUGCUCUAUUUCUUGCUUCCGAUGAGUCGGCUUACAUCAGUGGACACAACUUGGCUGUUGAUGGAGGCUUUACGGUGGUUAACCACAGUUUCUCCGCCACAUAA